AUGUCGAAGAACAUGCUAGUGUUGAAGACCUCCGAUGGUGAAUCGUUUGAGGUGGAGGAAGCUGUGGCACUCCAAUCUCAGACGAUAGCUCAUAUGAUUGAAGACGAUUGCGCCGACAACGGAAUCCCUCUUGCAAACGUCACAAGCAAAAUCCUUCCGAAAGUGAUCGAGUACUGUAAGAAGCACGCCGAUGGUGAAUCUUCCACGGAGGAGGAACUCAAGACAUGGGACAAGAAGUUCGUGGAUAUCGACAACUCCACGAUCUUCGACCUCAUCCUGGCUGCGAAUUACCUGAACAUCCCAGGUCUGCUUGAUCUCACAUGCCAAACAAUCGCUGAUCAGAUCGCAGCCUGCAAAGACGCAGACGAGAUUCGCGCCAAGUAUGGCAUCGAGAACGAUUUUACACCGGAGGAAGAAGAGACGGUUCGCAAUGAGAAUCAGUGGGCCUUUGAAUGA